AUGUCUACCCAAUAUAUUGACUUUGUUGACCUGUCCAAGACGUCUCUUUAUCUUUCCGCAGCUGCAAUUAUCUUCAAUCCAACGUUUUGGAAUGUCGCCGCUCGCUCGGAAUAUAACAAGAAAACGCUCACGCGCCUCUUCGGCGGCAAGUCUCUGUACGCCUGCUACGCUCUAGCCGUGACAAUCUUUGGCUUGGGCCUCUUCCGUGAUAGCUUAUAUGAGCGCGCUCUGCGCCAGCAACCGCUAGUCCCUGCCUUUCAGUCUACAUCUUUGGGGUAUCUUCUCCUCGCCAUUGGGAAUACUCUUGUACUCAGUUCAUUUUAUCAACUGGGCAUCACUGGAACGUUCUUGGGCGACUAUUUUGGAAUACUAUUGGAUGAGCCAGUGACUGGUUUUCCGUUCAGUGUUACUGGGUCACCCAUGUACUGGGGUAGUGCGACGAGUUUCCUAGGAACUGCGAUCUGGUAUGGGCGUCCUGCGGGGGCACUGUUGACUGCACUCGUGGUUGUCGUGUAUUACGGUGCCUUGCAAUAUGAAGAGUAUGUUCUUGUCAGUACAAGAAGAAUCGUCACUAAUGAUCUGUAG